AUGACCAUCCUCGAUCCUUCCUUAAUCCUUCUCGCCUAUCGGGCCGAGAACGGCUCCUUCGUCCUGGAGAAUACCUCCGGCGUGCAACUCAAAAUCAACGAGUAUGAGGAGUACGUGAAAACCAACUCCAGUACCAUUUCGCCCGCACAUUCCAGCGUGCUGGAAAGCGCGACUGAGAAGAUCCAACAGGACUUCAGUACAUAG